GCGAAGGGCAGCGGAUGUAUUUUUCAAAGCGUAUCUGGUUGAUAUAAUUAAUACAGUAUCGAAUUAUCGAUUACUUUAGGAUUGUGUUUUUAACUAUCUUUAUGUUCAUCAAGGAUAUAAGCGCAUAUACCAUUUUUAAUUUAGUUUGCAUUAAAAAAUGAAAUCACCUUGAACAAUAACAAUUGCAAUAGCUAUUAAAAUAACCAUCAGUAUAUCCUUUAAAGUCUAAAAUAAAACUUAGUAUGCGAGGAUUCGAUUAUUAAUUGGUUCAAACUACAUGACACAUGACAUGUAGUACUAAAAUCUAAGGCAAGAACAUAGAGCGUUCAAAAUAACUAAAAAAAAACAGCUAUGAAGCAAACAGAGCUACAUAUUAAGGAUGUGUCCACGAUUCGCAUCCUGAUGCUGGGCGACAAAGGUGUGGGCAAGACAAGUCUGACCAAUUUGCUGGCCACCAGUGCCGUAACGCCCACGCCUGCUUCGCGAACCGUAGGCGAGGGGUCCUGGAGUGUCCAGGUGCGACUCCACGAGUAUCCCAUUUCGGUGGACCUGCCGCCCUCGCCCACCUGGACAUCUCCCUCCUCCUCGGAACAGUCGGGGAAACAUCCUUUUCCGCGAAGUGCACCUGUUGCCAGCGAGAUUCUUUACUUUGUUGAGUUUUACGAUAUUAAUAGCGGUCUGCGCAUGCGACGCGAGCAUCGGGACAGCUUCUAUAAGAACAUCGAUGGCAUUGUCCUGGUGUACAACCUGCAGGACAUGCGCACUCAAGACAACCUGCACGAUUGGCUGUACGAUCCGCUGAGUAAAAUUAGCAAACAUCGCCAUCGGCGCACGCGCUCCAUCUUGAAGGGCCAACAUGUUCCGAUUCUGGUGGUGGGCACCAGGUUGGACAAACUGGCCCGCCGACCUUUGCGACGGAGCGGGAACAUUGCCAACCAACUGGAGGCCGACGAGAUCCUACUAGACUGCCGCGACCCGGAUUCCUUCGCGGACAACACCCGAAAUCAGGGCAAGCUGCGCUGUUUCCUCAAUCGGGUCGUUGAAUUCAAAGAACAAUUUCCACUCUCGCGUCCUCGCCGCCUUUAAAAAAACGUGAACUUGUAUUUUCUAGUCCCUUGUUGAUUUUUAAAUAAUAUUUUUGAAAAAUA